GGAGUGCAGUGAGUACCUCACCAGUCGUGCGUCCGGCCGGGGAGGGAGUUCGUAAACCACAUCACACAGCGCAGCCCUCAAACCCAACUCCAAUCUCACAGCCUUUGGCUUCCUCAAAAUCUCAAGCUUCUCCUUUGGAUUUCUCCACCGAGCAGAAAACACACAGCCCCACGUGCGGAGGAGCGGGAGAGACACGCGGGGUCUCCAAGGGCAGAAUGUUGGGAGCCACCUGUCUGCUUCUUGCCUUGGUCACCACCGUGAGCUGCGUGACCCAACAGCCUCCGAACACGGUGAGCGAGGACUGGGUGUGGAACAACCUGCACGAGUUCGAGAACUAUGAAGGGCCAUUUCCUAAGAACAUCGGGAGGAUCUAUUCCAAGUUGCACAAACCCGGGAACACCACGUACAUCCUGGAGGGAGAUGGGGCGGGGAUUUUAUUUAAGGUGAACCCCAACAACGGAUCCAUCGCUGUGUACAGGACUCUGGACCGGGAAGAGAAGACCAAGUAUUUCCUGCAAGCUUUUGUGAGGAGCUCGAUCAGCAAAGAUAUUUUGGGCCUCGCUACAAAUUUCACCAUAUCUGUGUCAGACAUUAACGACAACGCCCCCAAGUUUACUCAGGAGGUGUUUAAGGGGUCCAUCCCUGAGAUGUCCCCUAAUGGCACCUCUGUUCUGAAAGUAACAGCUCAUGACGCUGAUGACCCCACGGUGGGCUCACACACAAAAAUAACAUACCAGCUACUGGGAAAAGAACAGAACUUCAUCAUCGAAACAUUCUCAGGAAUCAUACGCGUUAAGUCGCCGAACAUGGACCGGGAGCAGAAGAAAGACUAUGAAGUGUUUGUCCAGGCCAAGGACAUGGGCACCCAAAACGGGGGCUUCAGCUCCACGGCCACUGUCCUCAUCAGUCUGACCGACAUCAAUGACAACCCGCCCCACUUCUCACAUACCCAGUACAAGUUCAAUGUGUCGGAGGACAAGAUAGUAGGACAGGAGAUCGGCCGGGUGAAGGCGGAGGAUGGUGACGAGGGGGAGAAUGCCCGAAUAAUUUACACCUUCAUCCCGAAUAGCAACUUCUUCACUAUCAAAACUGACGCAAAUACUCAGGAGGGAGUAAUUACACUGAAGAAGCCCCUGGACUUUGAGAAGCUGAACAGGUACAAAAUAGAGGUGGAGGCGGAUAACCCCACACCGGGCAGUUGGAUGACCAAGACGAAAGCUGAGCUGCUGGUCACUGUGUUGGAUGUGGAUGAGCCGCCUGUUUUCAGCCACCCCUUCUACAGCUUCAGCGUCUCAGAGAACCAGCCGGCAGACACCCAGGUGGGACAGGUCAAGGCCAAAGACCCGGAUCAGGCCAGAAACGCCAUUCAGUACAGGCUGAAGACCGGUGGCAGUUUUUUCCGAAUCGCACCGGAUAGCGGCAACAUCUACACCAGAGUCUCGCUGGACCGGGAGACACACGCCUGGCACAACAUCACCGUCACAGCCACCGAGGUCUCUAAAGGCAGGGUCUCGUUGAUGAUCCACUCACAGGCCCUGGUGGCCAUCAAGGUACUGGAUGUGAACGACAAUGCCCCGAGGUUAAAAGAGGAUUACAGACCAUUUAUCUGUGAGCGUCAGGGGCCGGGCUCGCUGGUGCAGGUUGUCGCUGCUGUGGACGAUGAUGAAAUGACUACGGCCGUCAGGUUCCAUUUCUCCCUGGGCACCAGAGACAGUAACUUCACACUGAGCAACAACGGGGAUAACACGGCUAACGUGACGGUGAGGCUGGGGGGGUUUAACCACAAGGAGCAGCCGAGGUACCGGCUGCCGAUUGUGGUCAGUGACAAUGGGCGUCCGUCAAUGAGCAGCACAGGCAGCCUGGACAUCACUGUGUGUCCCUGUGACCAGGCCGGAGAGGCUGGGGACUGCCGGACUCUUAGACAACCCCUCACCUCCAAGGUCAACCUGACCGUCCUGCUCAUCAGCUUCCUCUUUAUCAUCAUCCUCAUCGCCAUCGUGGUGCUGAUCCUGUACCAGAAGCUACAGAAGAAGCCUGUGUUUGCGGUGAUGAAGCCGAGUGAGAUCCAGGAGCAGCUGGUGAGAUACGACGAGGAAGGCGGAGGCGAGAUGGACACCAACAGCUUUGACAUCAGCGUUCUGAACUCGCUGAGGGCCCGGGGGCCACGAGGGGCCAGGGGCCCCAUCCCUGAGACCCUCCCCGAGGUGGUGCCGGAGCCUGUCCCUGUGUACGCCAGAGUUAGGAAGCCCCAGGCUGACAUGGGCUGUGUGGUCACCAUGAAGAAGCAGGAGGCAGACAGCGAUCAGGACCUGCUGCCAUAUGACACUCUGCACAUGUUCGGGGAGGAGGGCACAAAUUCGGUGGCCGACAGCCUCAGCUCCCUCGGGGCCUCGUCCGCGGACUCCGAGCAGGACUACGAUUUCCUGAGUGACUGGGGGCCGCGCUUCCGCAUGCUGGCCGAGCUGUACGGGGCCGAGACCCCAUGGGGGGGCAGCCUGGAGGGUUAGCGAGGAGAGAGCAAGGGAGUAGGAG